GGACCGGGCAUGGAUCAAUGCUGUGCAAUGCUAGAGAGAGAAAGAAGGAGAGAGAAAAAAAACCAAAAAAAAAAAUCAAAGCGGUUGCCAUGGCAACGGCCCUGCCAGAUUCCACCAAUCAAUGGGGUCCGUGAGGCUGCCGAUUUGCCUCCCGCGGAGGGCGGCCCGGCAUCCUACAUAAAGAGUGUGGGACUGGGAGCCGGGAGCGCCACACGGGACGAACCCCCGAAUCCAGAAGCACCGGGGCGGACGGGAGGGGCCUGCUGCAGGUACGCCACGUCGCAUCAGCCCGGGACGGCCACGAGAAGAGCAGGAGAGCAGAGGAGAGCAGAGGCGGAGGAGAAGGAGAAGAAGAAGGAGAAGAAGAAGAAGAGGCGCAGGAGCUUAUAUUAGACAGAGAAGGAGAGAUGGGCUCGGAGCGUGGAGGAGGGAGGCCCGUCUGGAUCGGCGCAGGGGUCCUGCUCGCCAUCCUCGGCUUCUGCGUCACCGUGGCCGGCGCAGCCGCACUCAAGCUUGAUGCCGGCCUGGAGAGCGGCUGGGCCACAAUCAACCACUCGAUGGCGCUGGUGCAGCGCCUGGAGGCCCUGCUGGCGCAGGGGAACGGGAGCGACGUGGUGCUCCGGGUGCAGACCGUCAACUCGGACGAGGUGAAGGUGAUCCAGGCCCACGCGCUGGUGCUGUCGCUGCACAGCGAGGUGUUCGAGGAGCUCCUGCAGGCCCGGAACGGCAGCACCCUCGUCCUGACGGAGCUGGCCGAAUGCGCCGCCGUCUUCGACAAGUUCACGCGGUACCUGUACUGCGGUGAGAUCUCAGUCAGCCUGGACCAGGCCGUGCCCCUGCACAAGCUGGCCAGCAAGUACCGCGUGUGGGCCCUGCGGCAGGGCCUCAGCCUGUACAUGCGGCAGCACAUGGCCAGCGACUCGCCCGCGGGCCACGUGGUGGGCUGGUACCAGUACGCCACGCAGACGGGGGACGCGGCCCUGCGCGACGGCUGCCUGCAGUACCUGUCCUGGAACCUGUCGUCCGUCAUGCAGAGCGGCGAGUGGGUCGCCAUGGGCGACGGCCUCCUGCUGACCCUGCUGCAGCGCUCCGACCUGGUCCUGCACAGCGAGCUGGAGCUGUUCGAGGCGCUGGAGGCCUGGGCGGCGCAGAACCGGCCCGGCGCGGCCGCGGCGGAGAGCGCCCUGCGGGCCGUGCGCUACGCCAUGAUCCCGCCGCAGCAGCUGUUCCGGCUGCAGAAGCAGUCGCCGCUGCUGCUCAGGUACCAGGAGUCGGUGCGCGACCUGCUCUUCCUGGCCUUCCAGUUCCACGCCGCCUCCCCCCAGCAGCUGGCCAAGUACUUCGACGUCAACUGCAGCCUCUUCACCCCCCGGAACUACCUGUCGCCGGCCUGGGGGGCGCCCUGGGUCAUCAACAACCCCACCCGCGACGACCGCAGCACCAGCUUCCAGACGCAGCUGGGCCCCAGCGGGCACGACGCGGGCAAGCGGGUGACGUGGAACGCGCUCUUCUCGCCCCGCUGGCUGCCGCUCAACCUGCGGGCGCCGUACGGGGAGCACGCGGGCGCCAUGCUGCCCGCGCGGGCCGACGGCGGGGGCGGCGGCGUCGGCGGCAGCGCGGGCCACCCGCGCAUCAUCGUCACGCCCGCCACCUCCAGCGCCGACUUCGCCGGCGUCAGCUUCCAGAAGACGGUGAUCGUGGCGGCGCGGCAGCAGGGGAAGGCGGUGGUGCGGCACGUCUACAACUUCCACCAGAGCACCGAGGAGACGGGCGACUUCCUGGCCAACGCUGACCUGCAGCGACGCGCGUCCGAGUACCUCAUCGACAACUCCCUCUACCUGCACAUCGUGGUGAAGCCCAUCUACCACACCCUCGUCAUUGCCAAGAAGUAAAAAAAAAAAAAGACAAAAUUUUUCCACUGAGACUGAACCCAGUCUACCCCCUAAUCGUGUGUCGUCCCCCCAUCACACACACACACACAUACACACAUAACACACUCAUAUCACCACCUCCCUCCAUUCCUUUUGUCAUUCAUCCUUAUCAAUUAAAAAUUGGAGUGGGAUCCGAAGUCUUUCCAGUGUCUCUACAGUAGAGAGAUGCUCUUGUUUUUCCCCUCUUUAUUGCAGUCCCUUACUUUCUUUUGUCGCAACCACUGUCUGUUCACACUGUAGAAAUUCCUGCUGUCCUGGCAUCACUUGGUACAAGACGGAAAGCCAAAAUGAACCCAGUGAAGGAACAUACAGACUAGUUUUAGCAGCGAAAUGAGCACUGCAUGAUCUUUGCGUAAGAUCUGACGGCGCCUGGUUCUUCCAAGCAGGUGAAUGCAGAAACAUUUCCUUUCUCAUUCUGCAACAUUUACGUUUUGUACUUCAGGCGCACAUGCAUGUAGCGUGCAGCCCUGUUCAUGUAUUAUUGUUAAAUCCUGAGCUGCAAUUGAAGUUAUGUACAUGACACAAUGGGAAUUUUAUUUUGUUCAUCAUGGUUGCCAGUUCUCACUCUGGAAGGUGCUAUUACACCUCUGCAAGAACAUUCCAUUACACCUCAAAUCUGCUGUAUACAUACUAGUAUAUUACAAAAGUAACAAUACAUCAUCCACACAAAUAAAUAUGUACAUUUUAAAAUUAUUUAUUUUCAUUUUUUCUAGUCACAUGCCAUUUCCAUGGUUCCCCUUACAAGCUCACUACCCAGCCUUUUUUUAAGGUGCAGUAGUCAUUAUAGUUUUAGACCAUAGUUGCAAUAUUUCUAUUAUGUCAUAAUGAUAGCACUUAGGGUUAUUACUGUAAUAAUUUGUUGAGCUCAUUUACUUUCCACACUGCUUCAUGGAAGUGAAGAUCUGUGUGUUUGUGGUGUGAGGGUGGAAUUGUGGGAACGUUGAUUGGGAGAGUGUAGGAGGGUGUAGGAAGGAGUCUGUCCUUUAUUAUUUGCAACUUGGUGUUGAGUGCUAUUAAUUUAUUCUGCCCCAUUCCCUCCUUAAAUAAAGAUAAUGAGGCUUUUC